UUUGUUUCCUUAUUUAUGUUUUUGUUUUUUUUAAUGUAGUUCUCUGUCCUGCAUAUACACCUGCAUGCCAGAAGAGGGCAUCAGAUCCUUUUAUAGAUGGUCAUGAGCCAUCCUGUAGUUGCUGGGAACUGAGCUCAGGACCUCUGGAAGAGAAGCCAGUGUUCUUAACAGCUGAGCCAUCUCCCCAGCCCAGGGUUUUUGUUUGUUUUGUGUGUGGGGUUGGGUUUUUGUUUUGUUUGAGACAGGGUUUCUCUGUGUUGGCUGUUCUGGAACUCUUUGUAGACCAGGCUGGCCUCAAACUCACAGAGGUCCGACUGCCUUUGCCUCUCCAAGGGCUGGGAUUACAGGCGUGCACCACCAAUGCCCGGUUAUUAAAAAAUAAAAAUAAAUUAAAAUUACCUUUUGGGGCUUAAGUGAAAACUGAAACUCAGUUCAGAAAAGUGCAAUGACUUUUGGUUGAUGGUAGGGUCUGAUGUGUCAUUUCGCAGAGGAGGCAGUUAUCUUCAACAGAGCUUCGGGGGGUGGGGACCCUCUGGGGUGUGGCUAGGGAGCAUUCUUAUCUCCCUGGCCAGCCUAAGCUCCCUGGCGCCCGUCCUGCACCCAAGCGUGGGCUUUGUGCCAUGGAGUCUGUCUUUCUGCUCCCGUUGCUCUUGCUGGUGGCCCUCUACCUGAGGGGUGGGAGCCCCGAACAUGAGUGGAUACAAAGUUCUCCCGUGCCUUCCGUGACCUCAGCAACUUUCUGGGUGCGUCUCAGUCCGGAGCUGCAUGCGGUGCCUCCCGGGGGCUCGGUGUGGCUUAACUGCAGCCACAGCUGCCCCCUGCCGGCGCGUUCCAGCCUGCACACUCAGCUGCGCCAGGGAAAGACACACAAUGGAUCCGGCUGGGUGUCUUACCAGCUCCUGAAUGUGAGGGCCUGGAGUUCCAAGGUGCGCUGCGUCGUCACCUGCGCGGGAGAGACGCGGGAGGCCACCGCCAGAAUCACCGCUUACAGACCGCCCAGAAGCGUGAUCCUGGAGCCUCCCGUCCUAGUUGGUCACAAGUACACUUUGCGCUGCUAUGUGACACACGUGUUCCCCGUGGGGUUCUUGGUGGUGAGCCUGAGGCGAGGUGGCCGAGUGAUUCAUUUUGAAAGUUUGGAGCGCUACACCACCUCCUACCUGGCUAAUGUCACUUUGACCCACGUGAUGCGGGCCGGACCCAACGACCUCUUGCAGCCGCUCACCUGCCAUGCGCGCCUCAAUCUCGACGGGCUAGUGGUGAGCAGCAGCUCCGCACCUGUUAUGCUGACGGUCCUGGCUUUGAGCCCAGCCGCGAUAGCCUUGGCCUCUACCUCCAUUGCAGCCGUGGUGGGGGUCCUCCUGGCUGUGGGGACCGUCUCCUUGCGCAAGUAUCGGGCCCUGAAGACACAGUUAUAGACAGAUGUUCGCUGCCUGACGAGAAGGAGGGGAGAAGAAGUCCAGAGUAAUUAAUUCAGUCACAAUCCCGUUGGAAUAAUAAAGCCUUCUCUCUCGGU